AUGGAUACCGCGAUCACCGCUGUGUUUGCGCCUACCACGCACGAAGAUGUGACGUCCGCUGUCAUCUCAGACCUCGUAUCGCUCGCGCGCAGCUCCGAGAACCGCUGUCCGCACGCAGACGCGCUGGCACGCGCUCUGGCUGUUGUGUCUCAAUGCUACAGCGUCCCGGUGCCUUCGAGUGCAGCGUCGGGCAUCCCGAAGGCGUUGACGGACGUUUGUGACUUGCUACAGCGCCACCGACUUUAUGCAAAUGAUAACACGCCGUCUGUGUAUACGCCCGAGCAGUGCGUAGCGAUCGAGAAUGGAUUGCGGUUGCUGUGGACGCACGUGACGACGUAUCAGCUACACGCUGCACUGAUUGACGUGGUGCGCAUCAUCGACUUCAUGCCGCGUGCUGUGGCCUUCUGGAAGCAGAUGAAGAAGCGGACGGUGCGUGAAAUUAUUCAAAGAGGACCCAUGCAGUGGAUACUGUCGCGUGCGCAGAGAAUCACGGUCGGAGAGAGGAUCCGAAGCCUGCAAGAGACACUGGAGGCACAUUUGAGGAAGAUUGGAAUGCUGAAGGAGCUGACGACAAGGUGUUCGAGUACAUUUGCGGACUACGAGCAAUUGGCGGAGAGGAUGAAGGAGGGCAUGGCAAUGUUAGAGUUUGUGUACAGCACCAACGGCAUUUGUCCUCCUCGUAAAGGACACGGAGCUUUCAAGGCCCAAGACCCCAUUCUCUUCACUGCAUUUUACUUUGAUGCCAACAUCUUCGAGAAAGGGUGCAAUGGGAUAACUACCGGCGACGACGUAAUGAGCUCGCUGCGUCGAGUAGAGAGAAACGUGGCUGCGUUCCGCUCUGCACAGACGCAGUUUUCUCGGUGUUUCCAAGCAGCUAUGGCGCCGUGCCGUCCUCCGUCGAAGAUUCGUCAACGUUGGCUUCAGGUCGCAGCUGUGGCGAUCUGCCUCACUGCUGGAGGCUUCUGGGUGGUGAAUAACCAGAAAGGGUUCCAGGCUGGCAUUGUUGCGAUGCGUGCGGCGCUGCAAGAGUUCUUCAACGAACACAUGAUUGAGCCUCUCCAAGCUAUCUUCGAAGAAGUGGUGCUGAACCAGAAGCCAGAGAUCCAGGACGCCAUGGCGCUACUAGACACGAAGGAGAGUCUGCGUCGCAUGUUGUCGGAUUUCGUCAAGGACACGAACCCCAAGGUGCCAUCUGCAGAGAUGAAGCGCAUCAUGGACGAGAUGGACAUGUCGGUCGUGUCGCUGCAGUACGAGAAGCAGCUCGCUUCUGCCGUCAAGAACCUUAUGACGGGAGACAUCGUUCGCAUGCUUCUGAUUCAAGUGCAGUUCAUCAAGAAGGAGCUGAUGGUGGCCAUGGGAGCCAUCGACGAGUUGAUGCACGCCAACCAGCUCAACAUGCAGAUGAUGGCUACAGUCCCAACCUUCCUCGUCUUCGGUGGUUUGUACAAGCUGGUUACCUCGGCCUUCCACAUGGUCUACAAGCGUAUGAGUGAUCGUCUGUUCUACGACUCCCACGAGAUUGCUGGCUUCCUGCGUAACAACUUGCGCGACAUCGAGCGUCUUCUGAACAAGCAGAACCGCGGCUCUGGCGUCAGUGAUGAGGCGGUGCUGGGCGUCCGCGACCUUGGCUUCCUCAUCCUGUUGCUGCAUCAAUUGCGUGAUCUGUUUGAAGCCUACCGCGCACUGUUCCAAGAAGAGGAACAAGAGCGGUUUGAAGAGGAUCUGGACGACCUCAUUGGAGAAGGUCUGCUGGUCUCGCAGCAGUUGGCUGUCAUCCAGCGCAUGUACCAUUCCCAUCCGUUCCUGUACAGUACAAAGGCCAACAAGACGCGCUGGAUUCUGGACUAA